AGAGGCCCCGCCUCCAGGCCACGUGCGCGCCCUCGCCAAGCUGCUGCCGCUUAAGGGAGGUUUUGUUCUGGAGGCCGAGUUUCUGGCCUGCGGUUUGGAUCUCGGAGUUUGGCUGGCCUCUCUUGCCGGUGGCCGCGACUCCACCCUAGUACCGCCCCCGGUCGGCUCGAUUCCCAGCCCAGCUCCAGGCGCCAUGGCAUCCCGCGGGAGGAAGCGGAAGGCCGAGACGGCGCUGGGCGCCGCGGCCGAGAAGCAGGAGACGCCGGCUAGCGGCCGGAAGGAAAUGGAGGAGGCUAGCGUCGUUAUUGAGCAUUGCACGAGCUGACGCGUCUAUGGGCGCAACGCUGCGGCCCUGAGCCAGGCGCUGCGCCUGGAGGCCCCGGAGCUUCCAGUGAGGGUGAAUCCUACCAAGCCCCGGAGGGGCAGCUUCGAGGUGACGCUGAUGCGCCCCGACGGUAGCAGUGCGGAGCUCUGGACUGGAAUUAAGAAGGGGCCCCCGCGCAAACUUAAGUUCCCUGAGCCUCAAGAGGUGGUGGAGGAGCUGAAGAAGUACCUCUCGUAGGGUGGUUUGGGCAGAGGUCCUCACGCCGAGCCUUCUGACCCUGGUGAUGUUGGAGCAUUUAUGACGGGACAUGGCCAAACUUCAGUCAUGUGCCUGAAGCUGUGGUUUCUUCCCCUCCAGAAAUGAUGGUUCAGUCGUGAGGCAUUCCUCUAGUAAGGCGUUGAAAAGUUCUUGGAUUUGGUUUAAUAAAAAUUAAAAUAUUUUGGUUGAUAUAAAGUA